GGACGUUUGGGGAUGGCAGAGUGGGGGAAUCAAUGAAUUUGUUUGGGAUAAUGAAUGGGAAGGGGCGCGCACGGCUUUGGGGGGAGCUGUAGGUCCGGGUGGGUGUCGAGGCUCAGCCGGGACAGAUGCCAGGGGUGCAGGUGGCUCUGACUGUCCCCUCUCCUCAGGCACUGGGGACAGGGACAGCGCCAGCAGCCGCGGCCCGGGGGCACAGCAGGAGGAGCCCAGCCUGGCAGGAGACCCUCCGAGACUCUCGGGGACUGAUGGACGUUUCCGACAGCCCGGAGCGAAACCCCUGCUCUCCCGAGGAAGAGGACCAGCAGCUGUCUGAUGAGGAGGUCCUGAAGGAGAGCGGCUCAGAGCGGGAACUCGAUGGGGAGGGUGGCCAGGGGAGCCUCCUGGGCGAGGAGGAGGAUGCAGGCAGGGCUCUGAGCCGGGGGGAAGAGGAGAACCACUCGGAUGAGGAGGAUCGGCUGAGCGAGGCCAAGUCGCAGGAAUCCAACGAGCAGAGCGUGGAGCUGAAGAGCCCCCAGCCCCGAAAGGGAGAGGAGGAAGACAGGACAAAUGACCUGGAAGUGUCCUCUGUCACCAGGGAGCUGGAUGAGCACGAGCUGGACUAUGAUGAGGAGGUUCCUGAGGAACCCAGUGCUGCUGCUGCAGAGGAGGACGGGGAAAAAGCUGCUGGGGAGGAUGAUGAGGAAGAGGAGAAAGGAGAUGAUGCCCCUGAGGAUGAGAAGAAAUCCGGCAGCAAAAGUGAUGAUGAGAAGGAUGGGCAGGAUCCCCUCAAGGAGAAGAAGAAGGAAGAGGAUGAUGGGGAAAUUGAUGAUGGAGAAAUUGAUGAUGAUGACUUGGAAGAAGGGGAAGUUAAAGACCCCAACGACAGGAAAGUGAGGCCCCGCCCCACCUGCCGCUUCUUCAUGAAAGGACACUGCACCUGGGGCAUGAACUGUCGCUUUAUCCACCCCGGAGUGAACGACAAAGGAAAUUACUCCUUGAUCUCCAAACCUGAGCCCUUCUCCCCCAAUGGUGCCCCUCCCAUGGGCCCUCACCCGCUGAUGCCAGCCAACCCCUGGGGAGGCCCAGUGGUUGAUGAAAUCUUACCUCCACCUCCUCCAGACCCUCCAACAGAAAGUGCCUGGGAGAGGGGACUCCGGCACGCUAAAGAGGUAUUAAAAAAAGCAACUAUGAGGAAAGAGCAGGAGCCUGACUUUGAGGAGAAGAGAUUCACUGUGACCAUUGGGGAGGACGAGAGGGAGUUUGACAAGGAGAACGAGUUUUUCCGGGACUGGAAUUACCGCAUCACCCGCGACGUCCGGGACCCCGCGGAGGUGGACAUCAAAGAAAACAUUAACUAUGGGCUUGAUCCCUAUGCAGAUCCCUAUUAUGACUAUGAAAUAGAGCGUUUCUGGCGUGGUGGGCAGUAUGAGAAUUUCAGGGUUCAGUACACAGACCCCGAUCCCUACCGGAACUACAGAGAAAGAGAGCGAGAACGGGAAAGGGAACGAGAGACCAGACAACGGGAGCGGGAACGGGAGCGGGAGCGAGAACGGGAGCGGGAGCGGCGGCAGCGCGAGCGGGAACGGGAGCGGGAACGGGAGCGCGACAAGGAGCGGCAGCGGCGGAAAGAGGAGUGGGAACGGGAGCGGGAGAGAGUGAAAAGGGACGAGAAGGACAGGCAGCACAGGGACCGCGACAGGGACCGCGAGCGCGACAGGGACCGCGAGCGCGACAAGGACAAGGACAAGGCAAAGCCGCGCUCGCCGCUGCUGCCCGGCCGCCAGCCCGAGGCACCAAAGAAGGACAAGGAGGCCACAGCUCUGGGCACUGCUCCAUCCAAGAGGGCAGAUGAGUGGAAGGAUCCCUGGCGCCGAUCCAAGUCCCCCAAAAAGAAGCUGGGGGUGUCUGUGUCCCCCAGCCGCGCGCGCCGGCGCCGGAAAACCUCGGCGUCCUCAGCCUCUGCUUCUGGCUCCUCCAGGUCCUCUUCUCGUUCAUCCACCUACUCUGGGUCCGGCUCCUCGCGCUCGCGCUCCCGAUCCUCCUCCUACAGCUCCUACUCCAGUCGCUCCUCCAGGCACAGCUCUUUCUCAGGCAGCAGGUCCAGGUCAAGGUCCUUCUCAUCUUCUCCCUCUCCUUCUCCAACACCUUCUCCUCACAAGCCACUGGCAAAGGCUAAAGGGGAAUUAUUGGCACCUCCUGGGAAAGGGGACAAAUCUGUGAAGAAACUCACUGCCCUCCCAGUCCCUCAGCCACUCACAAAAAUUACAACAGCAGCCCCGGAGGCAGCCAAGGCAGGGGAUAAUCGGGAAGCCAGGAGGAAGGAACGUCAGACAAGGACUCCACCCAGGAGGAGGACCAUCAGUGGCAGCAUCAGUGGCAGUGCCAGCAGCUACAGCGGCUCCAGCUCGCGGUCGAGGUCCUUGUCCCGCUCCCUCUCCAGAUCUCAUUCCAGAUCAUCCUCUGCCUCAGUCUCCCACUCUCCCUCCGGCUCAAGGAAAUCCAGGUCCCUGAGCGUGAGCAGCGUCUCCUCCGUGUCCAGUGCCUCGUCCAGCAGCAGCUCCGUGCGCAGCGCCGACUCCGAGGACAUGUACGCAGACCUGGCCAGCCCCGUGUCCUCGGCCAGCUCCCGCUCCCCCACCCCGGCCCAGCAGAAGAAAGGAAAGUCAAAAAAAGAAGACAGUGCUAAAGAGGAGAAGAGGAAACGGGAUGUGCCCGCCCAGCUCCUGAAAUCAGCCAAGCCCACCCCGGGAAGCAAAUCCCAGCAACCCCCCCAGGGCCAGCAGCCCUCGGCCCCCCAGGCACAGCAGGGCGGCUUCAGCGGGCACAAGGAGAUCAAACUGACUCUCCUGAACAAGGCAGCUGACAAAGGAAGCAGGAAGAGAUACGAGCCAGCAGACAAGGAGAGGCCAACCUCCCCUCCAGCCAAACGGGCCAACCUGUCCCCUGACAGAGGCUCUCGUGAUAGGAAGGCGACCGGGAGACUCUCGUCCCCCAAACAGGAGCGGCAGCGGGGCCAGAACCCAAAACCUUCCCCUGCACAGGCAGACAGGAAACGCCAGCUGUCCCCUCAGUCCAAGAGCUCCAGCAAGGUCACCAGCGUGCCGGGCAAGGGCUCUGAGCAGGGCCCUGCAGCUGCCAAGGGCAGCAAGUCCAGCACCCUGUCCCGGCGGGAGGAGCUCCUCAAGCAGCUCAAGGCGGUGGAAGACGCCAUCGCCCGCAAAAGGGCCAAAAUCCCGGGAAAAGUAUAGUGGGCCGUGCCCUAGAGUGACUGUUGAUGUUUUUAUAAAUAGUGGAGAAAGGAAAACAAACCAACAAACCAACAGAAGCGGCUGCUUUGGGAUUUUGCAGUUCCUCGUCUUCUCUUUUUUUUUUUUUUUUUUUUUUUUUUUGGUGGCCGCGGUUCUUUUUAAAAAACCCACGGAAAAAAAUUAAGGAAAUUUUUUGUCCAACCCCGCGACAAAAUGGCUCCGGGGAGGGCCCCAGGGCCGUGUAAAUUGUGCACAGAGGACUCCAGCCCCAUCCUCCUGUGUCCCCUCUCCUCUUUGCUAGCCUCGAGUUGUAUUCUCCUAGUUAGCCCUGCUGUGUGUUGAGUGUCUUCAGCAAUGCAGUUCUAGUCCCGUGUGCCGAGAGAGCCGAAACUGCUGUGAACUGCUGGCAGCACCUCUCCUCCUCCCC